CGUGGGCUUAAAAGCCCCCUUUCAGCGCGGACACUCGGCGCCGCCUUCGUUCUUCUUCUUUUUCUCCAAACAAGAUAAUCUAUGAAGGUUGGGUGGCAGGAGUACUCUGGCUCGGAUCGAUGAAGGCUCCGGAUCCGAAGAAGACAGGAGGGUCGCAGUAGUACUCCGGAUCAAAUCGGAUGAAAAAGGCAAGAAGGCAGGAGGAUCGAACAAAGCACUCCGGAUCAGAUCGGGUUGAAGAAGGCAGGAAGGCAGGAGAAUCGAAAAAGCAGGAGUUUUCCGGAUCGAAGAAGGAAGGAGAGUUUGAAUUCGGAUCGAAGAAGGAAGGAGAGUUUAUUCGAUUAGAAUCUAUCCGAAUCGAGUUGGGCUUCUUCGGAUCCGGAGUCCGUUUACUUCCGAGCAGAGAUAAGCGGAGGCGGCGGUAUAGGAAGCGGCGUGGAAAAAGAUCCUAUUCGGAUUCAUACCUGGCUUCUUCGGAUCAUAAAACACAGUCACCCUCCUGAGCGCAAACACCAACCCAUACCAUUCAGAUCCUACCGUUCGGAUCGAUGGAUAUCGGCGGCGGCAGCAGCACCGAGCAUCCAAGGAAACGGAAAGCAGCUACGGCGGAGGACGCCGACGAUGAGCAGAAGUCUGUAAUCCCGGCGGAGGACGACGAUGAGCAGAAGUCUGUAAUCCCGGCGGAGGUGGUGGAGGGAAGCAAGCAUGAGGAUGGAUCGAUCUACAGGCCCGACGAGCACCCCCUUCACAGUCUCUAUCACCUUCACGACCCUAGAGAAACUCGCCUGGAUCCUAUGAGGCUGACAGACCCAACCGAUAUAUGCCAUCCCUGCUGGACCGUUUGCAGACAACAUGUGGGUUGCGCCAUGAUGCAAAUCUUCUCCCUCAAGCUCAGCAAGCUACCAAGUGGAGCAGCAGCAGCAGCAGCCGCUGGCGGCGGCCCAAUUCAGCUGUAUGGGUUUAUGGCUGUCCGAGAUCUCUUGGACCCUCUACGCAAUUACGUCUUCAACUACAGCAGAGAUGAUCCUUUCAUCAUCCAUGACCUCCAUUCAGAUCCCUUCGUGUACCUGUCUGGCCCCAGGAGAGGCAUCUACUUGGAUUGCCGUGUACUGGUCGAGUAUGACAUUAGGAUAAAGAGAGGGCAGACAAGGCAAGAGGAUUUGCCGGUCAUCGAUGGGGCUGCAACCUUCAGUGAGCUCACAUAUAUACGUGGUGCAAUUACCAAUCGGAUCAGUGGUGAUUCUGGUGGGAGCAUGGACAUAGCGCGCGCGCUCUUUCGUAAUUCAGUGGAGGCCACAGUAGAAGUUUGGGUAUCCAACCUUGGUAGGUGUGUCAGUGGCUUAGACCUGUUUAUAACUGGUUUUGUUGGUCGAAUACCUGAAGAAAUUAAGAUCUUCCGUGGCAGUAUUGGUGACCUAUGUGUCGUAAAGAGAUUUGUGGUGGCUGUGAGAUUGAAUUCUGUCUUAUUUCUACUCUUCAAGGUUCCAGCUUUUGGGACAGAUCCUAUCUGUAGGUUUGCCUACAGGGCAGUAGCACACGGAUGCAUUUCUGGCUACCGAGAACUCAAUUCCUGUACUGUAGACGUUAAAGUGACUUGGUCAAACCUGUACUAGCCGUCUAGCUGUAUGUGAGCACUGGAUCCAUAGUGCAAGCUUAAUUAUCAGAAGAAUAUUGAUGUAAUCUUCUUAUGUGUUCAUGUCUUCAUGUGUAGAAGUUUUCUAAUCCAAUAUGGUCUAAUGUUGUUUUUAUUUUGGGACCUGAUUCAGAAUUUACAUGUUCUAGCAAUUUUUCUUCUGUACUUAGACGACGUGCCUGUUGGACUGGUGUUUGCUCUAUCCAUGAGCUGUUCUCAAACAACGGACUAUAUCUAUUGCUAAAUGCCAUAACUUCAAUUUCA